GGGAGAGGCUGCUGAGCAACCUCCUAGAACUACAACUCCCGAGCUGCCCUGCGCGGGGCUCUCGCAGGGUUUGUUGCGGGAGGAGGGCAUGGGGCCUUGUUGUUGGUGUCAGUGAUGGCGGCCGCGGCAGUGGUCGCUCCCCAGGCUGAGGCCUCGGAGUCCUGGUACUUAGCCCUGCUGGGAUUCGCCGAACACUUCCGAACCUCCAGCCCGCCCAAGAUCCGCCUGUGUGUGCACUGCCUGCAGGCCGUCUUCCAGUUCAAGCCGCCGCAGCGCAUCGAGGCCCGGACUCACCUGCAGCUGGGCUCGGUGCUGUACCACCACACCAAGAACAGCGAGCUGGCCCGGCAGCACCUCGAGAAGGCGGUGAGACCCGGGUCUGGGGGGUAACAGAGGAGGGAGCAGGGCUGGGGUGACAUAGGAGGGAGCAGGGCUGGGGUAACAGAGGAGGGAGCAGGGCUGGGGUAACAGAGGAGGGAGCAGGGCUGGGGUAACAGGAGGGAGCAGGGCUGGGGUAACAGAGGAGGGAGCAGGGCUGGGGUAACAGAGGAGGGAGCAGGGCUGGGGUAACAGAGGAGGGAGCAGGGCUGGGGUAACAGAGGAGGGAGCAGGGCUGGGGUAACAGAGGAGGGAGCAGGGCUGGGGUAACAGAGGAGGGAGCAGGGCUGGGGUAACAGAGGAGGGAGCAGGGCUGGGGUAACAGAGGAGGGAGCAGGGCUGGGGUAACAGAGGAGGGAGCAGGGCUGGGGUACAUAGGAGGGAGCAGGGCUGGGGUAACAGAGGAGGGAGCAGGGCUGGGGUAACAGAGGAGGGAGCAGGGCUGGGGUAACAGAGGAGGGAGCAGGGCUGGGGUAACAGAGGAGGGAGCAGGGCUGGGGUAACAGAGGAGGGAGCAGGGCUGGGGUAACAGAGGAGGGAGCAGGGCUGGGGUAACAGAGGAGGGAGCAGGGCUGGGGUAACAGAGGAGGGAGCAGGGCUGGGGUAACAGAGGAGGGAGCAGGGCUGGGGUAACAUAGGAGGGAGCAGGGCUGGGGUAACAGAGGAGGGAGCAGGGCUGGGGUAACAGAGGAGGGAGCAGGGCUGGGGUGACAUAGGAGGGAGCAGGGCUGGGGUAACAGAGGAGGGAGCAGGGCUGGGGUGACAUAGGAGGGAGCAGGGCUGGGGUGACAGAGGAGGGAGCAGGGCUGGGGUGACAGAGGAGGGAGCAGGGCUGGGGUGACAGAGGAGGGAGCAGGGCUGGGGUGACAGAGGAGGGAGCAGGGCUGGGGUGACAGAGGAGGGGGCAGGGCUGGGGUAAGAGAGGAAUUGUACAAUUUAGGAAUAUACAUGCAUAGGGGGUAUUAAAUGAAAGUGGCUGGUGGCAUUGAGGAAAAAGCAGGACUAGGGUUUGGGCAGUGCAAGUAGAAGAGAUGGGGGAUACAAAUUGGAUGCCAAAUGGAUGCAGGGGGUGAGAGUUGGGUAGUUACCCUUAGAUGUGAAAGUUCAUGGUCUAAGUUUAUGAAAGCAAAAGUAGAGCAAGCAUGAAACAAUUUUCAACAUUGAGAAUCAUCAGUCUGAACCUUUCAUAUUUCUCAAAGUGUAAAUUUAGAAUUGAUACCUUGGUAAUUAGGCUCCUUGAAUUUUAGCUUAAAAAAAAAAGCCAGGGAACUAUCUUUGUAUUCCUUGAGCUGUAAUGUUUAUUAACUGUGUGUUUUAGCGAUUAUGAUGUUUAAAGGAAUAGUAUCCGUUCAUUCACUCUCGCUAUCCUAAAGUGAUAAUGGUGGAGAUGUAAACAAAUCCACUGUUAAGUUGUUUUUUAUUUUGGGGGGGUUGGCACAUACUAGUGAUUGCCAUAAAUCAAAAGUAGAUUUUUGCACAAAUGUGUUUCAGCUGCUACGAAUGAAUCAAAUAAUCUUUUAUAUCCGCACAAAAGAAUCAAUCCGUCCAGGAUUUACCUGUACUUUAAAAAAAAAAAAAAAAAAAAUUUAACUCCACAGGUAAAUACUGGAUGGAUCGAUUUGGCUUAGGCAUUUUAUUCAUUCGUAGCAGCUGAAACACAUUUAUGCACAAGUCUAGAAAACAGUCCUCGGUGCUAACAUUGUGACAAAACAGUGCAAAUAAUUAAAUAUAUUUGAUCCAGGUUCAUGCCGGAGUAAAAUAACACUUUAGUAAUGUUAAAAACAAGAACUGCAGUGUGAAUAUAAUAGUAGCUUUGCUGCCUGUUUUGUAAUACAAUGUGUACCAUUCACAGAACCUUGCUUUACAUUGGUACACAACCUCUUCAUUCUUGUAAACAAAUGUGCCAUGUAAUGCAUAACAGUAAUAUGGCAAUUUUCAUGCCAUAUAUUAAGUUUCUGUCUGUUUUCUUAGCACUACGUUUUGACUGUUUUGCUUAGUUUGUUACUAUUGUGACUUGCACUGGUAAGCUAUUCCACAAAUCUCCCAACUACUAAAAGUAAGGAUUAUUAAUUAAAAUAAAUGGCACACUCCUCAUUAUAAGUGGAAUAAUUAUAAUGAAUAAUGAUUGCUAAUUUCAGUUAAGGGAAUAUUGUUGCAAUUACUAAAUCAUUUAUGCAGAAUAGAAAUGUGGCAGGGAUAGCGGUGACACUGCUUCGCAUCUACUCUAUCCUUCAACUCUGCACAAAUUUUUUUUAUUCCACAGCUAAAUAUAGCAUGGCUAGCAUCAAUCAUUCCAUCUACAUCAUACGUUUUUACUCCAUUCAUAUUUUUAGGGCAUAGCGAUCUCUAAUUUUCUAUGCUUGACAAUCUUAUUUAAAUGUCUUAGUCGAGCUGCCCCUACACAAACUUCCUAUAAAGUAUCACAAAAAAAAUAGGACCUGGUUUUAGUAAUCUAAAGCAUGGAUCUGCAUCCGUUAAGUGCCUUUUUAUGUUUUUAGUAGCAUCAUCAAUGUAAAGAAGCAAUACAUUUGGAACUCGUUUGGAGCAGAUUAUCGAAAACUUACAAAAACACCCAUAGUCAGGCCCCCUCUGCAGCCACACGUGGAAUGUGUGAAUUACACUUCCACGUUAUUAGUACAAAUCAGUCAGUACACCUAAAGACAACAAUGCAAGGCUGAGAGUGCUUUGCCGAUAUGAAAUAUAUACACACGCACUGAUGUUUGUUUUUUGAAAUAUACUUAAAAGGGACACUAUACUCCCCAGAACAACUAUGGCUUAUUGUAUUUGUUCUGGUGAGUAUAAUCAUUCACUUCAGGCUUUUUGCAGUAAACGCUGUCUUUUCAAAGUAAAUGCAGUGUUUACAUUACAGCCUAGUGAUGGCUCCACUGGCCACCCCUCAGAUGGCUACUAGAGGUCAUUCAGUGUGAUUGAAGUGAUGCUGAUAGGCCAGGGUUGUGUUUUGCUUGUGCUGGCACUGCUCCCGAUCUGCCUCCUUGACAGUCUCAGCCAAUCAUAUGGGAAAGCAGUGUGAUUGGCUCAGAGAAACACCUCUGAUGAGGUCAACCAACAGACAGCUCAGGGGCAGAGGCUGCAGACUGGAAUACAAGUAAGAUUUUACUAUAUUUAGGGAAGCAAGAGUGGGGGGCAGAGGGGCUAUAUGGUGGUUUUAAUAUGGGUCAUUAAUACAUGUUUGUGUUCUCUACCCUAUAGUGUUCCUUUAAAGGGACACUCCAAGCACAACACAUUACAGCUUCAUGUACUGUCAUGGUGCCUGGGCACUGUCCUUGUAGACUAACAAUUGAAAGCAUUCCUGCAUCUGAGGAACUGCAAUGUUUACAUUUGACAGUCAGUGUGUCUGUAGUUGCUUUCAAUCAGAUGGCAUUAGAGGAACUUUCUAGUGAAGAAUGUAAAGAAAUUACAGUCUUCACUUUCUCUAUGAGGAGAAUCCUAUUUGUGGAUGGUAGUGAUUGCUUCUCAUGUGCAGUACAGCUCUCUAUGUAGAAGCAUUUGGAUGGCUAAGAUCAGCCUUUUGUGAGACCGGGGCACUGUUUUAUAAAAGGCGUUUAUAAUUGAAUUUUUAAUAUCUGUGCAUGGGCCCAACAAUCAAAAUGGCAUAAUGGAUACUCUUCCACGCCAUAUCUAUGUGUAUUUACACUAUUGUAUAACUAUCAGAUUGUUCCUUUAAAAGACCACUAUAGGCACCCAGACCACUUCAUCUCAAUAACUGCUAUGUUUAUACUGCAGGGUUAAUCCAGCCUCUUGUGGCUGUAUUCCUGACCGCGAUUUACACGGAGUAAAUCGGACUUAUUUGACGCUGGACAUCCUCACAGAGUCCAGCGACAAAUAAGAUCCCCAUAGGAAAGCAUUGAGUAAUGUUUUCCUAUUGGCGGGUUUUAAUGCGCAUGCGCCUCUGGCUGCACAUGCGCAUUUAGUUCCACUUGGGAGCUGACGUCGGCGGGGGAACAGAGGUCAUCAGCGCCUCAGCGCUGGAUUAAGGUAAGUGGCUGAAAGGGUUUUAACCUCUUCGGUGCUGAGGGAGGGGGGCCCCUAGGGAAGGGGGCACUCCAAGAACCUAUAGUGCCAGGAAAACGGGUUUGUUUUCCUGGCACUAUAGGAUCCAUUUAAGUGGGUUUUAUAUUGAGGUGACUGUAAGAGAACUGUAAGCAUUAGGCUGCAAUUGUCAAAAAUAGGUAUAAUGUCUCCAGCUCCUGUCUGUGUGUGUUUUUAUAUAUAUAUAUAUAUAUAUAUAUAUAUAUAUAUAUAUAUAUAUAUAAUAUGUAGAGAUUGUAGCCGUAUUAGUCCAGUGAUGUAGAUGUAAAAAGAGCUAAAAUUCUGUGUGUGUGUGUGUACCUUGCAGUGUUUCAGUAUAGUCCUGGUGAUGUUUCGGUUUGGGUGCUGUGAAACUAAUACUACAUAAUUGUGGAUGUAUAUUGUUACAAUGUUUAACUAAUGCCUUUUUUUUUUUUCGCCUUUUUUCAGUGGUUCAUAUCACAGCAAGUAUCCUUUUUGCGUCUGGAUUUCUAAAUGACAAUUGUCACACAGUUUAAACGUUUGCUUCAUACACUUUGGGCAACUUUGCUUUUCACUUAACAAAUCAGACUUACGCAUUCUAAGUGAUUUAAAAUGAUUUGAUCGUAAAUUCUUGAAGAAAAUUUUGAAGAGCUCCUGAAAUAGAUGUAACCAAACCUAUAUUAAUCUUUGGCCUUGGAGAAAUAUUGUGGCCUGGGUUUUAAAUUUCCAUUAGUUCACUUGCUUGUGAGCAGUAAGAAAAUAUAGCAGCCAACUAAAAACAUUUUUUUGGUGUUGGUUAAAUUACCUGAUCCAUCUGGAAUCAGCAAUAUAUUACUAUCAAUGCUACUGCUGGCUUCUUGCGUAGCAGCAUUGAGGGGUCUUUCUCGCCCGCUCUAUAUUAUUAUUAUUAUUAUUGUUAUUAUUAUUAUUAUUAUUAUUUAUAUAUAUAUAUAUCGCCAGCAAAUUCUGUAGCGCUGUACAAUGGGUGGACUAACAGACACGUGGUUGUAACCAGACAAGUUGGAUGUACAGAAACAGAGUGGUUGGUUGACGGCCCUUCUCAGUGAGCUUACAUGUAUAGUGAUGCAAAGAGCAAAGGUAGGGGUACGAAGAGGCUGGAGUAGAAUAUGUUGAUAACAACAUACUCUCACUUUUAAUGAUGCACUAAGAAAUGACAGGUGACAGAUUGCUGUUAUACACACACCCAUUACUCACUGCUCCUGCACAAAUACUACCAAUGAUUGACGUGGUGAGAAAACUCUAGUCUUAAAGUGUUACUCCAAGCACACUGACAAUUUCAGUGAAUGUGGUGCCUGGAGUCUGAAUGCAGUGUUUCACCUAUGCCAUCCCCUCGUAGAAACAAAGAAUGUGAUGGCAGAUCAUUCAUCCCCUCUAGUCUGCCUAAUUUUUGAAAUACUUUCAUUAAUCCCUGGCCUUAUGCCUAUCCCUCAGCUAGUCCUCCUCCUAUAUCCCUCCAUCCUAAAACUUAACCUAAAACUUGCUUCAUCUAGAACAGAGGCCAAGUUCUCCUCAAGCCUGAUCCCCUGCAAGAGGGUGUAAUGUCAGCAGAGUAUCAGGCUGGGGGAGAAUGUGGCCUCUGUUCUAGAUAAAGGUAGUUUUUAUCUCUAGAAGUUGUUUUUUUAGUUUUGGAUGGAGAUGAGAAUAGGAGGGUUACUCUAUCCAAAAACAGUGCUUUAUGAAAACAUUGUUCUUUUUGUUGGAGUAACCCUUAAAAACAAACAAACAAAAAAACCUUCGUCGUGGGAUAACUGCUUCACAUGACUGUUAGAUUUUCUUACUCUUAGAAAAGGAGAUAUUGUAUGAAGAGGGAAGGGAGACAUAAAAUUAAGGCAGAGAAUGCAUAAGGAAAGGAGAAUAGAGGUUGGGUGAUAGAUGGCAGAUGAAAUGAGUUAAGAAAGAUAUUGUCCUCAAUCCAUCCUUCUACAUUAGAUAUUUAAAUGCAAUGCAUUUUGUCAAUUAGUGGCAAUUUCCAGUCUUACAUUUCCCCCCUUUUUAUAUAAACCUUGGCAACAAUUUAUUAGCACGGUGUACCUUAUCACAUCAUGUUAAGAUUAGGUUUCCAGGAUAGCUGUGUGAUGGUGUUUUCUGGUUAGUUUGUUUUUUUAUUUUGUUGGGUUUUUUUUUCUCUUUCUUUUCUUUUUAGUGUUUCAUGGUAGUUUGGAAUAUAUCUAGGGUCCUCAAGGUCUACAAUUUACUGAUUAGAUUUCCUUUCUACCCACAUUUUUCCUUUCUUUUUUUUGCCAUUUUCCUUCAAUAUUUAUAUAUUGAUCACUUCUUUGUAAGUCCACUGGCAAUUGUAAUUUUCUUUAAUUUGACACCAUUCUCUCUUGGCAGUUCUUCUAAGUUACUGUAUUUGUGUGAGGACAUAAUUAUUAUUAUUAUUUUUUUUAAAGAUUUGUUGUCCUUAACCCAAUGCCCUCAGAUCCCACAGUUUGAAGAUGUGAAAUUUGAAGCAGCAAGUCUUUUGUCCGAGUUAUAUUGUCAAGAAGUAAGUUAGAUGCUAAACUGCUGAUUUAGUACUGUCCAAGUCUUUCCAUGAUAUGUGUUCUACUUAAAAAAAAUAAAUAAAUCUUAGUAUGGAAUGUAGCUGUACAACACGUAGACUGCCUUGCGGAACCAACAAGAAUUGACUUAUUUGUGUACUCGUCCUCCAGCAUUGCUUAACAUACAAUGAGGAGAAAAAGUAUUUGGUCCCCGGCUGAUUUUGAACGUUUGUCCACUGACAAAGAAAUGAUCAGUCUAUAAUUUUAACAGUGAGAGACAGAAUAACAAAAAAAAAUAUCCAGAAAAACGCAUGUCAAAAAAGUUAUAAAUUGAUUUGCAUGUCAAUGAGUGAAAUAAGUAUUUGACCCCUUCGACUUGGUGGCAACUCUUGUUGGCAAUCACAGAGGUCAGACGUUUCUUGUAGUUGGCUACCAGGUUUGCACACAUCUCAGAAAGGAUUUUAUCCCACUCCCCUUUGCAGAUCAUCUCCAAGUCAUUAAGUUUUCGAGGCUGACGUUUGGCAACUCGAACCUUCAGUUCCCUACAGAUUUUCUAUGGGAUUAAGGUCUGGAGACUGGCUAGGCCACUCCAGGACCUUAAUGUGCUUUUUCUUGAGACACUCCUUUGUUGCCUUGGUUGUGUGUUUUUGGUCAUUGUCAUGCUGGAAUACCUAUCCACGACCCAUGUUCAAUGUCCUGGCUGAGGGAAGGAGGUUCUCACCCAAGAUUUGACGGUACAUGGCCCCGACCAUCGUCCCUUUGAUGCAUGUCCCCUUAGCAGAAAAAUUUGCUGAUAGGGGAUCAAAUGCUUAUUUCACUCAUUGACAUGCAAAUCAAUUUAUAACUUUUUUGACAUGCGCUUUUCUGGAUUUUUUUUUUUUUUUUCUUCUUGUUCUGUCUCUCUGUUAAAAUACACCUACCAUUAAAAUUAUAGGCUGAUCAUUUCUUUGUCAGUGGACAAACUUUCAAAAUCAGCAGGAGAUCAAAUACUUUUUUCCUUCACUGUAUCCCAGCAGCAGAGCAUAAACCUCUCAAAUGGAUUUAAAAAUUUUUUUUAAAUAUAUUUUAUAUAUAUAUAUAUAUAUAUAUAUAUAUAUAUAUAUAUAUAUAUAUAUACAUAUAUUACAAUAGAUAAUUAUAGCUCUAAUAUGUUAAUAUAUCCUUAUAGAACAAGAUAUUUUUUAUUUUAUCAUUUGGGAAAAAUGGGAGAUAGAAUUGUUGCUUGGUUUCUGAGAUUCAUAACAUAACAAAUUCCCAUUUUGAGUUAAACAGGAUUGGUAGUUAAUUCAGAUUGACAUAAAUUUAAACAUUUCAAGUAAUAUUUUUUUAAAAUAAUAUUUUGUUAAAAAAAAAAAGAUAUAUAUAUUUUUUUUUUUUUAAAUCCCACUUUGGUUUGCAUUUGGAAAUGCAUUUUUGCAAGAAUUUACUUGAGCAAGAUUAAUUGUACAUAAUAUAUUGCCAUUUUAUCUUGCCGUAUUUAAACCAUAUUAUGGUUGCAGGCUGGUAUCAGAUGUCCAAAUAGGGUGUCAUUUCCUGGCCAUUUGUGCUUUCAGAAUGUUUUAUGGGCAGUGUUUCAGAAAGGAAUUAUCUAUAUGAGCAGGGUGUUAAAAUACCAUGUGUUAUGUCAAAGUUAAGAAAAUUUUAUAUUUCAUAGAGAUGUUGUGACCCGUGUCUCUGGUAUGGUGGAGCUGUCGCAAUUUCUUCUUUUUACUUUUUUAUUUUUAUUUACUUAUUAGGAAUAAUAUUUCCUUUUUUUUUUUUAAAUUAAUUUUUAUGUUGUAAGGCAAUUGUGUGCUAUAUAUUAUCCAUGAAAUAAGUUACAUCUGUGCAUGAAAAUCUCUUUAUUGUAGAACUCUGUGGAUGCUGCUAAACCUCUUCUUCGUAAAGCUAUUCAGAUCUCCCAGCAGACCCCUUACUGGCAUUGCAGGCUUCUCUUCCAACUUGCUGUAAGUAUAUGCUUCUGCCCAGCAGAGGGGGCAGAUUUCACCCUGUAGAAGUUUUCACCUUUAGUUCCUUUCAUGUCUUUUUGUAUCAAGACACUAGGUGAGGGUUUUUGGGUUAUAUCCGUGAUGAACGAAAAGCUAGUUUUUAUUUUAUAUAGUCCAUUAGGGUUGUCUCGUUUUGAAUUGUUUAAAGUCCUAUUUAAAAUGUAUUUUUCUAAAUCAUUAAAAAAUAUGUAUAUUUUUUUUCCCCACCAUAUAGCAACUACAUACACUUGAGAAAGAUUUGGUGUCAGCCUGUGACCUGUUAGGAGUCGGAGCUGAGUAUGCACGUGUUGUGGGCUCAGAAUACACCAGGUAGCAAUAAAUAUAUUUUUAAUUCUCUAUUGUUCUAAAGUUGUGUUAUCUGGGGUAUAUAAAAGCUGUAAAUACACUGACCAGUCACAACAUUAAAACCACCUGCCUAAUAUUGUGUAGAUCCCCCUCGUGCUGACAAAACAACUCUGAUGCGUUGAGGCGCAGACUCCACAAGACAUCUGCACAUGUCCUGUGGUAUCUGGCACCAAGACAUUAGCAGCAGAUCCUUUAAGUCCUUCAAGUUGCAACGUGGGGCCUCCAUGAAUCUGAUUUGUUGUUCCAGUACAUCCCACAGAUGCUCAAUAGGAUUGAGAUCUGGAGAAUUUAGAGGCCGGGGCAACACCUUGAACUCUGUCAUUUUUGUUCCCCCAAACCAUUCCUGAACAAUUUUUGUAGUGUGGCAGGGUGCAUUAUCCUGAUAACAGGCCACAGCCAUCAGGGAACCCCAUUGCAAUGAAGGGGUGUAUGUGGUGUACAACAAACUCUAGGUAUGUGGUAUAUGUCAAAGUAACCUCAACUUGAAUGCCAGGACACAAGGUUUCCCAAGAGAGCAUUGCUUUCGCCAGUCAUUUUCUCCAUUAUCAAGUUCUGAUGCCCACUUUCCUAUCUGAACCACUUUCAGUGGUGAGCAGAGGUCUGGAUCACGCUGACCAUUCUGUGGCUGACACCUUUCUGUCAUGGCCAGCUAGAAGUUUUCAGCAAUUUUAGCUAUAUGAGCUCUUCUGGGCUAGCCUUCUCUCCUCAGGUGAAUCAAUAAGCUUUGGGCACCUAUGAUUCUAAUGACGAUUCACUGGUUGUCCUUCCUUGCAUCACUUUUGGUAGGUAUUAACCACUGCAUACUGGUAACACCCCACAAGACUUGCCAUUUUGGAGAUUGUCUGACCCAGUCAUCUAGCCAUCACUAUUUGGCCUUUGUCAGAAUUACUCCGAUUCUUUGACUUGCCCAUUUUAUCUGCUUCCAACACAUGAAAUUCAAGAACUGACUGUUUGCUGCAUUAUAUAUCUCACCCUUUGACAGGUGUCAUAGUAAUGAUAUAAUCAAUGUCAUACACUUCAUCUGUCAGUGGUUUUUAAAGGGAUUCUAUAGUGUCAGGAAAACAAAGCUGUUUUUCUGGCACUGUAGGUUCCUACAAUGCCCCCUUCUCUCGCACCCCUCCUCCUCCUACGGGGUGUCCCUCUGUGUUUAGUUAGUCUCCGCCUACUCUCUUCCCCCACCGACUGUGGUGAUCAUGACAUUGUAAUGUAAUCAGUCUCUGUGAGUAAAUCUCUUACAUUUUAGUGCUCAACUUAAUUGCUGUCCGUCUCCUCACCUGAUACUUUGUGUGUGCGUGUUUUUUUUGUUUUUUGUUUUUUCUUCAAAGUAUGUAAAAGCAAAAAAAUGUGUAAACUUAGGAUAACCUAAUCAAAAUACUCUUAACCAGUCUGACUUCAAGCCUUUUGAAACAAUAGUUAUGUCUUCAAAGGGCCUUAAUUGUGCAUAACUGAAGUACCUUGAAAGCCAAAAUGAUUCUUCAGAUGUGCUAAUAAACCUUGUUUUUACGAUUCAGUAUGUUUGUGCUUGCCUCUUUUACGUGGACUGCAUUGUUAGUAUUUUUCCUUUUGAUUUGAGCACCUGGAUCUUGGACCAGUACUACUCCAUUAUGUCAGUGGACUACAUAGAGCUUUCUCAGUAUUUGAAGCUGUUUGAUAAUGGAUAUGUUUCAUAUAAAUAAUCAUCUAGGGGACAAGUGGCUACAUAUGUUCCAUCAGUGAGACUGUAAAUUAGACAUGUGCAAACAUGUGUAUUAAGAGAUUCAUCCGAACGAUUUGUGGCGAUCGUCAAACAAAUCGAUUGUUAUAAUUCAGUUAGUUUACAAACGAAUCAAAUCAUAAUUAUUUAAAUUAAAACCCUUUUUUGAGUCCUUUUUAUUAGGGCUGAAUUGUUUAAAAUACAUUUUUGCAUAUAUCUAGCCAAAAAUAGAUCAGAAGCUACACUUAAUCCUAUAUAAUAAGCAGCAAUUUGAAGUUUGUGGUGCUGUUUUAUGUGCCACAUGUUUUUUUGUUUUGUUCUUUUUUUUUAUUUUAUUUUAUUUAUUUUUUUUAUUUUUUUUACUCCUUCUGGCUAUCUCUAUGGUUUUGGGUUUAUCUCUGCAUGUCCUAGGAAUCAAAGCUUAUUCUCUGAAGUGUUCCUCCGCUUGUAUAUCACGUAAUAUACAUUCACAACUAAGCUUUUACCUUUAUAUGUCCUCCAUCUAGAACUUAGUCAUGUGUUGGUUAACCUUGCAUCAGAAUAUCCCUACCUCUCUGGGGAUUAGUUGUUCUAAAGGUGUCUCUAUAAGAGAAACAAUGUAUUUUUAGUUUUGUGGCUCGAUAAGAAGGGUGUAAAAUAGAAGUACAACACAGUAAUUCAACAAGAUUGUGUAUGUAAAUAGUGACUUGUGUAUCUUGCAUGACAUUUUUUAUUUAUUAUUUUUAUUUAUUUUUUUUAACCUCAAAAAAACUAAAUAAAUCAAAAUAGAACAAAAAUCAGAACAUGCUCUCACACAUUACAUAUCUAAAGUAGGAUCCAUAAAAAAUGGAGCUUUAAUGCAUUUGUAGGCCAGAUCAACAUGGGUUGUUAAACAGUAAUGACCCAUAUCAAAAUAGCCGGUCAAUUCACAGAAUGAAAAGGUAUAUUACUCUAGUCAAUUUAGAAAUCUGAUCAGACUCCUCAGGCAGCACCCCAAAUUAUGCUAGUAAUGGAUGCAUGUGGAAUGGUCUAACCAAUAACAUGGUUAAAUAAUGUGACCUGUUUCCAAAAUACCUGAAUCUUCACUCGCUCCCAGAAAAAAAUGACAAAGUACUGCUCUGUAGGUCCCACGUUUUAAACACUUGGCAGUAUCUCUAAUUUUUAAAGAAAGUUUGAGGGGCGUACUAGGCGGAUAUACAAUUUUUUUAAAUGCAUCUCCUAGUACGACGUGACUGGAAGUAAUUUAAGUAAUAUUACAGUAUAUGUUAUAGGUACAUCGGGGAUUAAACGGACACUUUUUGUCGCCAGAACCACUACUGCUUAUUUUAUUUGUUCUGGUGAGUUAAAUCAUUCCCUUCAUGCUUUUUCAUUUAUUAUUUUCAGAGAAAAUGCAGUGUUUACAUUACAGCCUAGUGAUAACUUCACUGGCCACAACUCAUAUGGCUGCUGAAGGUGCUUCCUUGGGCAGUCCUGCCUAGUAUGCAUCACAACAUUCAGUGUCUCCACCCUCUGCAUGCAGACACUGAACUUUCCUCAUAGAGAUGCAUUGAUUCAAUGCAUCUCUAUGAGGAGAUGCUGAUUGGCCAGGGCUGUGUUUGACUUGUGCUCACUAAGCCCCUGAUCUGCCUCUUUGACAGUCUCAGCCAAUCAUAUGGAGAAGCAUUGUGAUUGGCUCAGAGGCAGUAGCUCCAGACUAGAAAUUAAGUAAGAUUUUACUAUAUUUAGGGAGGCCAGGGGGCUAGAUGGUGGUUUUAACACUAUAGGGUCAGGAAUACAUGUUUGUGUUCCUGACCCUAUAGUGUUCCUUUAAUGUAGGUAAGAAAAAAUUGAGAAAAUGUAUUGGGACUAGAUAUUCCUAAUUUGUGAAUCAAUAAUCUAAAUGGAUUAGGACCAUUGUAUUAAAAGCUGUAGCCUGGAAAAUUUCUGUCUUGUAUGCUUCUAGUUAACCAAUAUUAUUUUGUUUUAUUUAGGGCAUUGUUCCUGCUCAGUAAAGGAAUGGUGAGUAUGUCCCUAUUUAUUAACUUUGAACAGGUGUAUUGUGAUUUGGGGAGAAGAUGCACUCGAUCUAGACCUUCUGUUCGCUCCGUGGGGUCUGACAGCUAGGGAGCUGUUUCAUUAUUUUCAAAGUGCACUUUUUAAAACUCUAGUUAAAAUGAGCAUAUACUGGGCAAACUUUGUGUGUCGUUUUGUUCCUUAAAGUUGUACUGACUGUGUUGUAUGUAGUGUGCCAAGUGAAUGAUUUAAGCACCAUUAGAAAAUUACACCGUUAGUUGAGAUUCUUCUCAAACAGUCUGUUACCAGAUAUGUUUUCUGAAAAAAGUGUGUAUAAAACUGUCUAUUUUAGCUUUUAUUGAUGGAGCGGAAGCUGCAAGAAGUACACCCUCUUCUCACACUUUGUGGGCAAAUCGUGGAGAACUGGCAAGGCAAUCCCAUUCAGAAAGAGUCAUUACGAGUCUUCUUCCUGGUUCUUCAAGUGACACAUUACUUGGAUGCCGGGCAGGUACGUUAUAUUUGUUUACAAAGUGCAUUUUAAGUAAGUACCACAUUCAGAAUGUAGCUGUGCUUAAAGUUACUUCUAUAACCGUUGCUGUUGCCCAAGCAUAGGGGAGGUGUCUCAUGGAUUUCUGCCUAUCCAACCCUUUUACUACCUGCUGUAUAAAUUGAAAGCAUACUUUCUAAGUAUUUCACCAGGGUUUCCUAGGAAAAUUAUUCUCCAAUCUGAAAUAUCUGUACUGUAGUAAUGAACGGAGUCAAUAUUCUAUACUGCUGUUAUAGCAAAAUCAUUGUUCUGUCUCACAGGUAAAAAGUGUGAAGCCAUGCCUUAAACAGCUGCAGCAGUGCAUCCAGACUAUUUCAACUCUCCAUGAUGAUGAGAUUCUGCCUAGCAAUCCGGCCGACCUCUUUCACUGGCUACCCAAAGAGCACAUGUGUGUUCUUGUUUACUUGGUAAGGAUGUGCAUUUGAACUCUGGACUCUGACAUAGGUUUGAUGUUCUCCCAAUCUAUUUGGAGUGUGAUUGUGUAUACACAUUUAUUUCUGACCGCCUGAUUGAUAGUUUCAUUGGUGUACCUUUUGGAAACAAAUAUUGAAUAUUGUGCUUAAGAGAAUACUCUUAGCACUAAAACAACUGUAGCUUAAUGAAGCAGUAUGCUUUCAUGCAAUUUUCUUAAAGGGACACUAGAGUCACCCAGACCACUUCCGCUCAAUGAAGUGGUCUGGGUGCCAGGUCCCCCAGGUUAAGCCUUCAGAGGUAAACAUAGCUGUUUCAGAGAAACUGCUAUGUUUACAUUGCAGGAUUAAUCCAGCCUCUAGGGGCUGUCUUCCUGACAGCUGCUAUGGGCGAUGCUGGAUGCGAAAAUCGCAUCCAGCGUGCAGAACAUCCAUAGGAAAGCACUGAGAAAUGCUUUCCUAUGGACUGUUUGAAUGCACGCGGCCCGCUCCACUCGGGAGCUGUCGUUGGCGGGGGAGGAGAGGUCACUAGCGCUGAGGGAACCCAAUGCUGGAUUAAAACAAGAAGCUGAAGGGGUUUUAACCCCUUCUGCGCCAAGCAAGGGGUGCCCUGAGGGUGGGGGGUACCCAAGGGUUAUAUAGUGUCAGGAAAACGAGUUUGUGAUCCUUUAGUGCUGGUAAAUAUGUAUUGAGAAAAUCUGCAUUUCACCACUAUAUUAUAGUUUUCUGUACUAGCCAGCCUUUUAGAUGACAUAAUUGGACAUAUAUAUGCUUUAUCAAUGAUGUAUCUAUUCCAUUGUUCUGUAGUCCAGUUAAUUAAAUUGCAUUCUUACUGUAUCCUAGCCUAUAAUCCUUUGGUGUUUCCAUAUGUAAUUAGUGCUUGAAUCAUUAACUUUCUCGAUCUACGCUGUGUUGUUUUACAGGUAACAGUCAUGCAUUCCAUGCAGGCAGGCUAUCUGGAGAAGGCCCAGAAAUACACAGACAAGGCUUUAAUGCAGUUAGAGAAACUAAAGAGUAAGUACAUCAUUACUAGAUUAAGAUAUGAAGUCUGUAGAGGCCAAGGGACUAAAUUACAUUCUUAUGAACACUUUUGCACUGGUAUCUUUUCAGCUAUUUACUAUGUAAAUGUGCAUUGAAUUUGCCCACUUCUCUUUUCAGUGCUGGACAGCAGCCCGAUACUGUCGUCCUUCCAAGUCAUCUUACUGGAACACAUAAUUAUGUGUCGUCUGGUCACAGGACACAAAGCCACAGCAUUACAAGAGGUUGGAUACUGUGUGUGCUCUCUAAAGAAUCACACUUGGCCUCGUUGACUUUGGAGCAUUCUAACAAAAUGAUAUUUAUUUUCUAGAUAUCCCAAGUCUGCCAGUUGUGUCAACAAUCCCCAAGGCUGUUUUCUAACCACGCUGCCCAACUGCACACAUUGCUGGUAAAAACAGAAUACAAUUUGAUGUUGUUGAAUUCAGCUCAUAUGCUUGUAUAACAUUUUGGAAAUGUUAUUUGUGUUGGUGGGGAUAGCUGUAAUUUUUCUUGAUUGUCUUUAAUUUGCAAUUACAUAAUACAUUAUUCCAGUUCAAUUGAUGCAUUUUAAUCACUCAAUUUUGUUAAAUACAUUAGAAUGCCAAAUCCAGCUGUAGUUUUGCUAGUUUGGAUCAACAAUACUGGAAGAAAAUGCUAAUUCACUUUUAUUUUUGUGCAGGGUUUAUAUUGCAUCUCUGUGAACUGUAUGGAUAAUGCAGAGGCCCAGUUCACAACAGCACUGAGGGUGAGUUUCUAUUUCCUUUCCUUUAUGCAGUGGUUACUGUUUAAAUACUGUUGUAUCUAAUAGCCAUUUGUUAUUUUCAAUACUGCAUGAAAUUCCAUUGAUGAUUAGAAACAAAUAGUAGCUUGCAUCAGAGUUUAGAUGAGUUUAUAUGCAAGGUAAGUAAUUAUUGGACUUUCAAAAGCAAUAUGUACAUUUUCAAUGGUCUGCAAAACAUAUGCAUUUGAUGAGAAAACAGCCUCUUUAAUUACUGAAACUAAAGAUAAAAUUGUGGGGACAAAUGCAGAAUUCUUAACCACUUCACUACCGAGCACUUUCCAAUUGAAAACAAUAUUAUGAGCAUAUAGACCUAUCAUAGCACAGUAAUUUUGUGUCUAGAUUGCUUUACAGACAAGCGUAAAAAUUAAAUUUUAUUUAAAUGAACAUUAUAGGGUCAGGAACACAAACCUGUAUUCUUGACCCUAUAGUGUUAAAAUCACCAUUUAGGUGGCUUGCUCCUCUUAAAAGGUGAGAAAACUUACCUUUGGCACUGGCCCCACCCAUGAUCUGAUUCCUUGGCUGACAUCAGAAUUGAUGAUCUCAGUCAUUCCAAUGCAUUUCCAUAGGAAAAUUGUCACAUGGGUGGGCCAAUCAGCAUCUCCUCUUGGAGAUGCAUUAAAUUAAUGCAUCACUAUGGGGAAGUUCAUCGUCUCCAUGCAGAGCGUGGAGAUGCUGAACAUCUUGCAGCACUGCCCUAGGAAACACCUCCAGUGGCCACUAAAUGUGUUCCUAUGGAGAAAUGUAAACACUGCCUUUUUUUCUGAAAAAGUAGUGUUUACAUUAAAAAGGCUGCAAGGACAAACUACACACUAGAAUAACUCAAUUAAGCUGUAGUUGUUCUGGUGACUAGUGUCCCCGUAAUUUUAUACAUAUAUAUUUUUUUUCUUUUUCUCAUGUCCGUUCAUCCUUCUUUAUUUUUUAUUUAUUUUUAUUUAGAGUUUUUGAAUAUUUGGUUUAGUGAAAGCAGGGAUUACAGAAUAAAGAAAGGGAAGUGGGUACAUUUCAGGGAAAGUACAGUAUCAUUGGUAUCAGAAAUAAAAAGCGUUUCAUGUGAGUGUACAGCAGAUUACAUAGGUGCAGGUAAUUCAAACAUCGAGGCAUACCAAAGGUACAAAUGAAUGCAGGUACACAUAGGUAUAUUGAUUACACUAAGAGACAACACAGCUGUGGUAUUUCCCUUAACGUAAAGGAAUAAGUAUAAUAAAUCAGGGAGAGGGGAUUACAUGGUUAGGGGAGGAGGAAGAUUCACAUCUUCAUUGGGUAUGGGGGAUGCAAGCUCAGAGUGGGUAGGAAUAUGUCGCAGGUUAAAACCAUAGUGCCGAUAAUGCAUUGAGGGAUUAUCAGCCCCUGUGGUGGUGCUUCUUAAAGGGUAUUUAGAGUCGCAUGAUUAUGUAGGCUAGUUACCCAUCGGGUCAGUUCUGCUGUGUGGGUUUGUGUUGAAUGAAGUCUUAGGGGACUAGCCUUUCAGACUAAGGGUAAGAAGAAAAGGUGGAGAAGAGGGGAAAAGAGUCUGUUCAUUUUUAAUGAAAAUAUUUUAGAAAUGAAAAGCUUUAGACUUUUUUUUUUUUUUUAAGUAUUCAACAGGGUCUAAAAUGUUAGAAUAAAUUCAAAAAUGCAUUUUUAUCCUCACAUUUUCUAGGUAUGACAAAAAUAGAUACAUAAAAAUGCUCUAAUUACCUUGCUUAUAGAUAUUUGAAAGUACCCUGAAGGCAUUACUAGUGCAGCCUACUGAAAAUGGCAACAGAUGUUUAAACAGAAUGUCUGCUUUGAUGCAUAAUGUCCACAUACAGUUAACGGCACACUUCACUGUCCAAUGCAAAAAUAAACACUGUUUAGGAGAUGCACUCCAAUGAAGACAUGCAUACUAAAAACAGCUUACAAAUUUUGUAGAAGUCUUGUCUGAAGCCAUUGCAAGCCCUUCUCUUCUUCCCUAGACCAACAGGCGAGUAAAAAUAUAAAUAUUGUCUUCUUUCCAAGCCUGACAUUUAUAACUUACCUGCAGGUUCCUAUUUAAGUGAUGAACAGAAAAUGAUGCAGUUGCAUUUGUAAAGGAUGUUGUGGAGGUUGUUGUCUGGCUUGUGGAUUUUAUUUACUAUAUAUGUUUUAGGGUAAACUUUGUAAAGUUAAGGUAUCAGUAUUACAGUUCAAGGCUUUCUUUUUUCUUUCUAGCUCACCACGCACCAAGAACUAUGGACUUUUAUAGUGACAAACUUGGCUAGUGUUUACAUUCGGGAGGGGAACAGACAUCAAGAUGUAAGUAAGAUUAGUGUGCGUUAUUUAUGUAAGAGACUCAUUCUCUCCUGAUUUACUUUAUUUGUUUUUCCUAAAUGAAUUAGACGUACCAUUUUUGACACAAAUGCCCCUCUGCCACCUUUCUUUACUUUGAUAUUUGACUGAUAUUUUAGUGACUAUACUCCUCCUUUUUUUUUUUCAUCCUCACUGUAAUGAUUGUACAGACCAUGUGACUUCAUAUGGUUUUAUUUAUAUUUUUCAUAUUGGAGUACUUUUUUUUUUUCUUCCUGUUUUUGUUUUACAUUACCUAAUCUUGCAUACAGAUGUGCAUCAAUAAAUUCAAAUAUGUCUUGUGUAUUACACAGCCAGGGUUAUUCACCUGAGUUAUUUAUUUUGUGCUUUGUCUACUUGGGGUCUUUGGAUCAUUAUUUCUAUUACCCAUGUCACCUCUCCUUUCUCUGUCUCCAAAGCCAUUUUGAGCAAGCUUUUGUCAUAGUCUAUCUGAUUGACUUUCACUUGCUCAGGCUGAUUUCACAGAGUCUCUACUUCCCAGUAAAUCUGAUCAGUUGUGAGUACCAUGGGCUCAGCAGAGAACUCUCAAGAAGGAUGAGCACUGCUCACAGGGCAAGGACAAAGUCAUCACUUGUAAACAUUCAGCAGCUGGGCAAGUGAGCUUGGUUGGAUAAUGACUGGUUCCUACUGUCCUCCAGACAAGGUCCUUCCAAAUUCUACAGAGACAGGGGGUCAGUGAGGAAGAAAAUAAAAAAACAAUAUGGAUGAUUAAAUGCAAAUGAUCUAAAUUCAGAAAGAAAGUGCAUCAAACGUUUAAAAGCUAAAGAGAAAAACUUUCUCUUAAAAAUGUAAAUGUAAUAAUUAUGAGGUUUUUUGUUUUGUUUUUUUUUUUAUGUUUUACUGUGACAGUGCUUCCUUUUCGUUUUGCCAAGUAAACCAAACGGAAUAAAUGAGAGGUUAGAUUCUCAUAGCAAAUUGUGUAAAAGCACAUUUAUGAGCUCAAUUGUUAAUAAUUUGAUUGUAUGAACUUUAUUUUGAACUUUGUCUCUUUCCUUUUUUAAGCUUUACAGUUUACUGGAAAGAAUUAACCCAGACCACAAUUUCCCAGUAAGGUAAGCAUGAUCUCAUAUGGAAUAUGUUUUAAGAAGUUGUAUUUUAAGCCUUUUUUUAUUAAAAAAAAAAAAAAAAGUAUUUAUUCUUCUCCCCCCCCCACGAAAUUCUUUUUUUAUUAUUAUUAUUGUUAUUUAUAUAGCGCCAACAAAUUCCGCAGCGCUUUACAGUUUAUAUUUGGGGUCUGAACGUGUAGGUCAACAUUGGUGCUCUAGACUAGUUUGACGAAAUUGGGGGGAGCGGGGAAACAUCUUUUAGACUGCUAAAUUUAGCCUGCACGGUAAUGGUCUGGGGACCCGCGAUUUGUGACAUCGGCACUGAUUGUGGCAGGCAAAGGUGAAUUUAACUUACUUGAAUCUCUUCAUGGGUGCCGCCAUCUUCUCCCGGCCAAUGUAACUGCUGGACUCUCGUGAAUUUAGGGGGGGUGACCGUGUCACCAUAGACUUUUUGGGGGUGGAGUAUGUUUGUGUGCUUUAUUAUUUUUAUUUAAAGAAAAAAACAACAAAAUAUUCUUUUCCAAUUCUAGCUCCCACUGCCUCCGUGCAGCUGCAUUUUACAUCCGUGGACUCUUCUCCUUCUUCCAAGGCAGAUACAAUGAAGCAAAGUGAGUGAUGAAGAAUAUCAAUUAUUGCUUAGACUAAAUGAAUAUAUCCAGAGAAUACUCAAACUUGUAGCUGCAGAUAUGAUGCAGAUCAUUCUGCAUGGAUUUAUAAACUGUCUUAGCUAGGUAUCUAUCUAUGCUGUCAUUGCUAUGGUGAUUGCUAUAGUUGGUAUUUUAAUAAGUUAACAUUGAUCUUGUGCUGGUAAAAAAGCACAUUGUCCCAUAGAGUUUAGAUAAAGCACAAAAACGAAAAAUAGGUAUGAGCCAGUCGCAGUAAUUCUGGAAAGCACAAUAAUGUGGACACAGUGUAUUUUACCUUGUUAGUGGCUUCAUCAAGGUGCAGUAUGCACUCUUCUAUUCUGAUCUCACACCAAUCUUAUUCUUGCUGCAGGCGUUUUUUGCGUGAAACCUUAAAGAUGUCUAAUGCUGAAGAUCUGAACCGAUUGACGGCUUGCUCCCUGGUGCUUCUGGGUCAUAUCUUCUAUGUACUGGGGAAUCACAGGGUAGGAAUAAUAUAUAACAAUAUUACUGUUUAGUAAGUUGCUGAGCCAUGUGCAUCUCAUAGGUUACCUUUUAUUUAGUUUUUCUCGAAUACAGUAUAACAGUGUUUUUAUAAGUUAUUAGUUAUAUUUUGAAAAUCUUAGGGUUUUAAAUGGGAGAAGGAAUCCAUACUAUUCCACACAGCCAAAUUUGCAUUGUCACCAGCCUUGUAUCAAAGAACAAGUAAAUGGUAUACAUAUUAAGUUUUUAAAGUCCUACUGUAGGAAGCAUUGAUUGCUUGACAGGUCCUAUUUCUUUUGUAUACUUCAUAUUGUGGCCAUAUAGACUAUUAAAAACAAGAAACGUAGCCACGGGUUGAGAAAUCACUCCAGAGCAGCAAAGAAUCUUUGCCGUUUACGAGAAAUGUUCAGUAUAUAUGACAACACAGAGGGUAGUCAAACCAAAACCUUACCUAUAAUAAAGGUAAAAAAGGUCUGAAACACAUUAAGUUUUGGAUUAGCUCCCAUUUUGAUGUCUUAUAUGGUACUUGUCUCAAGUUGGGGUUUUUUGUUUUUGUUUUUACUGUUCAACUUUUGCCUUUGUGUGCUUUGCUAAGCCCUUUGUCAUCCACCCCCUCCCCAAAAAAAGACCCACAAAGCCAACCAAAACCUUAGAGCAAUAAAUAUGUCACAUGACGUGAUUGCUAAACUGCAAACGUACCUUAUUUGAAAACUUCUACUGCUUUAGGUUGUCAUAUUGUUUAACCUAUUACAGUCUCAAGCUGUGUGAGCAAUUAAUGUAACUCUUUAGUAGAUAACAUUUUUCUGAAAUGGGCUUUACCAGUUAUUAGAUAAAGUGAUCACGAGCAGCUUCAGUAAUGCAUAACUUUCAAAGUUAAUAAUUAGCAACAUGUUUAAUAUUCUUUUCCAGGAGAGUAACAAUAUGGUUGUCCCAGCCAUGCAACUGGCCAGCAAGAUUCCAGACAUGUCCGUGCAGCUAUGGUCCUCUGCUCUGCUACGAGGUAAAAACUGCCUUGUUUCAUACUUAUGUUUUGGUAUAUUCCAGUGAAGUGGCAGCUGAGCUUCAUGUAGCCACCAAGGCUUCACUAGCACAUUAUUCCUUGUUGGAGGAAGGUUGAGAACAGAUUGCAGGAAUAUGCAGGAUGGAAUAUUUAAAACAUUUGGUUCUUAAGAAGUGCUUAAUGAAGCUCCUAAUAGUGCUAUCAGGAUGGAUUUAUAAACUAAAGUGCUGCUGGUGCCAUCAGGCAGGUAGUCAUACACGCCAUGCAGCUCAAUCCCAGAAUGCUUUGCAUGUUGGCACAUCUGGAAUUGAAAUGAGGUACAUUAUACUUAUUUCCGUUAUUCUGGUUUAAUCUAGUAGUUGAUAUAUGGAAGGGAGCAAGAUUGAAAGACAAGCUCUAAAAGCCAAAUAUAUGAUAACUAAUUGGGAAAGGGUCUGAAGAUUUGCUUGCUGAUAUUUUUUGUUUGUUUUUUUUUUAAUAAAAUGCAUAAUCAUGUUUUGCAUGUUGUUCUAUAAUUUGUAUGAAACACCUGCUCCCUUUUAAUGUGUAGAUUUAAACAAAGCCUGUGGGAACACAAUGGAUGCCCAUGAGGCAGCCCAGAUGCAUCAAAACUUCUCCCAGCAGCUGCUCCAGGAUCACAUUGAGGCCUGCAGUCUUCCUGAACACAAUCUUAUAACGGUACGUAUCUCACUAUGACUAGAGACUUCUCAUAUUUUGCACACCUUCUUACCUAACAUCUCGAGGGUCUAAUCUGUUGAACCCUUAUCCUAUUUUUCCUUUUCUACUUGACAUGGCAACUAAAAGCAAAGAAAAGGCUAUAAUCUAUAAUUCUGACGCUCUCCGUUUGUCCCUCUAUCUAUUUAAUAAGAUUUAUUUUAAAGGAAAACUCUUGGCUCUUAUCAUUUCACUGAAUGCAUUACAAUGCAUUUAGUCCCUUGACCUUGUCCCUCCAUUCAGUGUUGCACAUUUUUUGAACAGUUUAACCCUGAAUGAGAGUCUGUUCUUACUCUGUUAUUAAAUAGAGUAACUUUUCGCCAUAAUGAUUUAGCUCCACAAAAUUUUGUCCAUGUGCAUAUUUUGCUAAAUUUACUAUAGUUUGAUGACAUUGAAGCAAAUAUUUCUGCAAAGUAGAAGUGAACAGAGUCACAUAUGAAGUCAAAAUUGUAUCCGUAUUGACAAAUGCUCUAAGAUUAAAUGGUAGGAUUCUUGCAGUCUUUAUUCAACUUUUUUGUUUGUUUUUUUCCGCCUCUCUCCUUUCUGUAGUGGACGGAUGGUUCUCCCCCUGUACAGUUUCAAGCUCAAAAUGGACCUACUACCAGCCUAGCCAGCCUUUUGUAAAAUCUUUGCUAAAAUAUUGAAGGACUGAUCCAGCAUUCAACUAGUAGCACCCUUUUCAUCCCAGAGAUCCAUAAUCGCGAAAGAACUCCAUGUAUUUUUAUAACUUGCCAUACCACAAUUUAGUUGACACUAGACUCUGAGAGUGUGGUCAGGAUACACCAUGCAGCUACACAAUGGAUGGGAAUGACUUUCCAAAUGUGUGCUCUAAAGACUCUGAAUUCUGGAGACAGAGCUACUAAAAUUCUCACACCCUCCGACAGUUCCACCUCCAAAACUCACUGUGUACUGAAAGAAUUUGUACCUCCACUACUUUUAUGGAAAAAGAAAUUGGAAGAAUAUACCACAACAACAAAUCACAGCGGAUUUAAUACCUGCCUUUCACGUUUUGUCUCCCCUCCCUAAUAGAAUUGAGAGAAGGGCAUUUUUUUAGAUUUUAUAUCCAUAAAUAUAAAUAUAUAUAUAUAAAAUACUUAAAUUUUAUCAACAUUUAGACUUUAACAUGCACACAUACGGUUUUAUGAUAUUGCUCCCCCUCUCCUCCCUUCUCCAGUGUGGAUUAUAUUGUAAUAUUUGCAAGGGGAUCAGUCAUUUUUUUUGACAUUUGGAUAUAGUUUUGUAGUUUGGAGAAAUGCCUCUUCAGACUUAAGUCGUUAUAUGCUGAAGCAUCACUUGGGCCCCUUUGCAGCCACAGCACAAGCUGUCGGCUGCCAAAUGGGUUAAUUUAUCCCUCAUGUGUAGGGAUACUUUAAUAGCUUAAAUAAAAUGAUUAAGGUCGGUCUUUUUUUUAAAUUAUUAGGAAAUAUUUUUUAAAACCUUUUCUAUUUAUCUUGAUAAAGAAAAAAAAAACUGUACCUAUUGUAACCUGAAUAAUUUUUAAAGCAAUUUUGGAAGCCCUAAUCUGUUCCCUAACCUGUUCAUUUUCAUGCUUCAAAUUAUCUGUGAACUUCUUAGCUGCAGUUCUCUUUUAGUUCUCCACUGAAAUGCACCUAAAAUAUGCCCCCUGACUCAUUGGAACUCAUUACUUUGGUUAUGUGUUUUUACCGUGUUCUCCGUCGAAGUAUGAAAGGUUAUGCAGUUAUAUUUUCAGAUUUCAUCUUUGUCGUCCAUAGCCAGUUUUUUUUUUUUAUAAGUUAGUGUUUGUAUUCUCUCUUCUCUUUGAGUGUGUUCAUGGAAAAGGUAGGGUGUAUUCCCUAAGCUGGGAAUUUAACUAGGGCAUUGCAAAUUUUGGGCUUAAUUUUAGAACAAAAAAAACUUCUUGUAAACAUUGCGGUAGCAAACAUUGUAGAGCAUUUCUAAUUGAGUUUGCAGCGAAUCAUAAUUAAUGCUGGGAUAUAUUGGAAUGGGGGUUUUUAAACCCAGUAUUUAUUGCACGAGCUUUGUAGAAGUGCACACACAGACCAGUAUGCAAACCUACUGGUCAUAUUUUCUUUAAUUUAUUUGCUGGCAAGUUUAAUAGCUUGGUGUAUAUUCAUUAUUAUAUAUUUUUUUAUUUCUUACCGAAAGAAAAUCAUGUCAUGCAAACAAUAUACAUGACCGGUCCAUAUUAAAAGAAAGAGAAAAACCCUGCCCCUUCUCCCUUUUAAGGCUUGCACAGUAUAAAAUAUGCAGCCAAAUCAGAGAGCCCAGACUAAUAUCGCUUAGGAACAAAGUUCUGCUUGUGGCAUUGCACGAGCAUGCUCUGUAUCCUCUAAACACAGCCUUUUCCAGAGAUGGAUUUUCCUAGCUAAAACAAGAAACAGGAAAGUAGGAUUUGUAAAUGUUCCCUGAAGAAAGAUUGCACUGGAGAAUUGUUUUGCAGGGACUUCAAACUUACCUUUCUAGUAGAACGUUUCCAGACGUCACUCUGGGCCUAUGGGUUUGCCACCUAAUUGCUGGGGUUUAGAAUGGGACAUCUGUCUUGCAAUGUUGUGUAUAACAAUCCACUCAUAGUCCAGCAUGUAAACAGAAUAUGUACAUAUUUUCACAGUACUACUAGCACAUUCUAGGGAGUUCCACCAAUUCUAGUGUGAGAAGAAUCAGCCACCUAUGUCCGUGCCUUUCCUAAUCCUUGUGAAAUUUACAGUUCUAAAUGACAUUUCCAUGUAGAACUGAUGAUCCUGUUUUCCAUUAUAUAUGUCACUGGUUUAACCUAGUAAAUUGGAUUGGUCACUUUGCCACAUGUUGGCAGAGAGCAAUCCACCAUACUAAACUGCUAUAAGUCUAUUACUAAUUGUAAAUGGUCUGCCACCAUGUGCUGAAUGACAGAGAAGCCAACAUUGUCCAAGGAUCCCAGAAGUAGUGUCUGUAUUGGCUGUAUCUGUGUAACUCCACUAUAAAUGGUUGAAUCCAGAUAAAUUAGGCAACGUCAUUUGGAAUAUCUAUGAAACUAACAAGCAUCUUGCCAUAUUCUUUACUGAAUAAAAUACUAGAUUUUAACCUGGCUUUACAAUAUUGGUUAUAAUCCAUUUUAUGUGUUUUAUAAGCAGGCUGGAGUCCUAUAUGGCACUUGAAUUAAAACUACACUACUAACCAAAGUGAUAUUCCACUAAUGAAAUAAAAUAAAUAGAACUUUUUAUGACGCAACAUACCAUAAAUGACCAAAAUCCUAAAAACAGAAAACUUGUAAAUUUUGGAGCUCUGUCAGAAGACAAUGCAUAUGUUGACUUUAAACUUAUCCCAAUGAGGGCAAAUGUGUAUAUUACCAUUCUGUUGACAGGGCCAAUAUGUGUGUUGUUGUUUUUUUAUUUUAUUUUAUUUUUUUAUAUAUAUAUCUCAAGGACUGGACAGAAUCUAUGAUCCAAGUAUUGGGAGCCCAUAAAAUUGUGCUGCACUUGCUGAACGUUUAGAUUUGUUCACUAACGUGCGAAUUGUCAGGAAUUCAAAGUGAAUUUCAAUAUUAAGGCCUACAAACUGAAAACAUACCUGACUUGGAAAUUUUUCCAGUUUUCAGGUCCUAUUUUGAUCUUAAAUUUAAAUUUCCCAACAAUUUCCACUUUUGUGAAUAACCCUGUAUGUGAUUUAUAUUGAUCACGAUUCCUUGUUCCCAAAACAUGUUGUUGAAAUGGCUCCUAAUAUAAUCUGUCUGACUCCGAAACGGAACAUGCAUUUCACCAGUCCUUUCUGUUCUGCGUGUGUUCCUGUCUGUAUAUGCAAACGCAUUUGUUUCAUUUAACAUAACAAAAUAUUUUAACAAGUAAUGCAUCUUAAGUGUAUCAAAAGUACAGUCUUACCUGCAAGAUAUCGUUUUCUAAUAACUUGUCUCACAGAAUGUUUAGAUCUGGCUGGUGCAACCUCAAAGAUAUGGUAUUUUUAUUAUCAAAUUUUCCCCUACAAGAGAAACGUGAAACCAAUACCUAUUCAUGUUUUACUAUUACAGCAGGAUGAUACUAUUACUGAUAAAGGAUUUGUACUUAUUACAAUUGUUGCCUUAGUGGUGGCGAACCUCUGGCUCUCCACCUGUUGUAAUACGGAACCUCUUGCUCUCCACCUGUUGUAAUACAGUUUUGUAAUGCUUAAGUGUCAAGGGCUAGCUAUCACUGCUACACUGCAUGCUGUAAAACUUUACCUCUCCUGUUUUGUUUCUAAAUAUUUUUCACGUUGGAUUGUAAUAGAAUGGCGUUGGGCUUGUUUGAAGUGUCCUAAUUUUGUUGGGAUUACAGGAGUACAGCAGUAAAAUAAUGAUCCAGAUGUAAACUAUGUAUAUGUCCAAAUUCUUCAUGACAGAUCUUAGGAAAAUUGCACCAUCUGCAAUUUAAUUUUCUUACACUUACAUUGUGACUAAAGUGCUUAUUCAAUAUUUUGAUUCAAUUCAUUGGCAUUCUCAAUAGACUAUUUUUGCAUUUACAACUUUAUAUUAGCAGGGUUGUUCACGAAGUGAAGUGAGCAUUCAAAGUGAAUUUCAAAUUUAAAGGAACACUAUAGAGUCAGGAACACAAACGUAUUCCUGACCCUAUAGUGCUAAAAUGACCAUAUGGCCCUUCCCUACCCCCUAAAUAUAGUAAAAUCUAACUUGUGUUCAAGUCUGCAGCUGCUGCCUCUGCCCCGAUCUGCUUGCUUGACUGACAUCAGAAGUGAUUCUCUGAGCAUCACAAUGCUUCCCCAUAGGAUUGGCUGAGACUGUCAAGGAGGCAGAUCAGGGGCAGAGCCAGCACAAGUCAAACACAGCCCAAAUCAAUCAGCAUCUCCUCCUAGAGAUGCAUUGAAUCAAUGCAUCUCUAUGAGGAAAGUUCAGUGUCUCCAUGCAGAGGGUGCAGAAAUGUCCCAGGAAGCACCUCUAGCAGCCAUCUGAGGAGUGGCCAGUGGAGGUAUCCCUAGGCUGUAAUGCAAAACUGCAUUUUCACUGAAAAGACCGUGUUUACUGCAAAAAGCCUGAAGGGAAUGAUUUAAGGUCACUUAUUUUUUCUUAAUCGCUUCCUCUUUGCUACUUUAUUUUUUUCAUUUUUUUACAUCUAUUUCUAACUAAAAACAAGACAAAGUAGGGACUACUUUCUUAUGUAGUUUUCCUACCUCUGAGUUUCUUAGACACUGGGUGGAGCUAUGGUGUCAAUCCUGACAGCCAUCACCAGUGACAGCUCCGGGGUAUUGGAUCUGUCUAUGCUAUGACUCGCAGGAUCUUCCAUAGACCUGAAUGCUGUACUCUAGCACAUGUGCAGGAGUACAGCAGUGACAUGUCACCGUUGGGGGUCUUACCAGACGGUGCCAGUGGUGCUUUAAAAUAGCCGAACUGGCUACUGCUUUCAGUUUGACUACUCUGACCUUAAAUUUGAAAUUCACCUUGAAUUCUCACUUAAAGGGAGACUCCAGACCCCUAAAGCACUUAAACUUGCUGAGAAGAUUUAUGGGUGAAGAGGGAGCACAAAUCAUUUUGCAAACAGUGCAGAUUUAAAUACAAAUUUACACUUUUAUAAAUUAGCCUGGUAACAGCCCCUUGGCAUUCAAGCAGACAUGUCCUGUUACUUCCUGAUUUGUUUAGCUCAAAGGAACUAGACUCAAGAACACAUGUCUUGCAAAGACUUCUCAUUGAGCUGUUUUGGAAAGUCUGUGAUUGGACAGCCACAGAAAGUCUAGGCGGGGUUAGAAGGGGACGGCUUGCAAAGGCAUCAGACAAUAGAUCUGCAGGUUUUUUCAUGCUGUUUUUAAAUAUAAAGUAUUUAUAUGGAAAAAUGCAUAAUUAAAUGCACGCAAGUUUUCAUUUGGUGUAUCUAUCUACUAAACAGUGAUUUUUAUUCAUUUUGCGUUUGGGCAGUGGAGUGUCCCUUUAAGUAAACAACCCGGUAGGUAUUUAAAACUUCCUUAAGUAACAGUGGUUUUAAAACCAUAUUACCAAGAGGGAGCUGUUAUCCAGAAUAUAGUGAUAUAUCUGUAUUUGGUUAUCUUGGAAUUUCAUUACAAUUUUCAAACCUUCUGGUUUAGUGACAGAAAUGGGAAUUGUUGGAAUAUUUUUUUUAUCUAAUUGUUGGAAUAUGUCCAGAGAAUUUCAAGUUAGAGGCCUAAAUGUUCGAACUGAAAUAAUAAAGUACAUUGGAGAUUUUUCCCAGUUUCACUAGUUUGGGCUAUAAUUUUAAAUUCCCUUAAUACUUCCUGUUUCAAUUACUGAUAUUAAAUUGACAAAAAAAAAGAUGCAGAUAGUGUGUGAUUUUAAUAUGUUGGGCAGUUUUUAAAUUGCUAUGUGAUGGUGUAUUACAAAUCUCUGAUUAUGAUGUAUUAUUUUCCCCUGCCUAAAACAUUUUUUGGUGUGUGUGCCUGUAAGAAAACAAAAUGUGGCCAGAUUUACAGAGUGUGCUUCAUGCCCAUAUAUACUUUGUUAAAACAAAUCAGCUGAAAGUUUUUCUGAAAUUAUGGUGUUUCAGAUGAACUUUUACCAUUUUCCUCCUGACAUUUGUUUUGCAAUAUAAUAAUAUAACAAAAUAAUAGUCCGUCUCUGCUAUUAUGAGUUUCCUCUACCAAGGCAAUCAUGCCCAACCUGCUUGUAUUUUCCAUAUUAAACAGCAUCUAGGAAUAUCCAGCAUUUGGUUUACUUAUUAUCUGUCCUAAGAAAUUGAAUGUUUCGGGGGGAUUUAUAUAGUACCGGUAAUUCCUUUUUUGUUUCAUGCUACUACAUGAUACAGCCACAUCUGUGGUUGUUCUGAUUCUUACCAAUCUCUGCAAGUUGUCCAGUAUACCAUCCUGUAUUAGUUUUAAAAUGUCUGUGCAGCUUGUAGUCGGUGAGAAUCUAUUCCUAAAACCUAUAUUUAUGCUUUUUAUGCUCCUGAAAUAACUGGAUAUAAUCUCAUAAAUAUAAAUGUAGUGCAGACAGACACCAUAGGUAUGCCUCUGAGUGGUAGUGAGUUACUGUAUAUACUCGCGUAUAAGUUGACCCGAAUAUAAGCCGAGGCCCCUAAUUUUACCACAAAAAAAUGGGAAAACUUAUUGACUCGAGUAUAAGACUAGGGUGGGAAAUGCAGCAGCCACUGGUAAAUUUCUAAAUAAAAUUUAGAUCCCAAUAAAAU